CUUUUCACUCAGCGGUGAAAUGGCUGUGGAGUCUCCGCUGGUUCCUGUGAAGUCGAAACGGGCUCUGUGGACAGACAGCAGGAGGCGAGAAUACCCACCGCAGUCCGCCUCCACCUCCUUUUGUAAAAAUUAAUCACGCCCUGGACAAGUUUGUGUUGUAGCUGUGUGGCUGGGCAGCCUGGCUGCCUCCCUGCCUCCAGAUGAAUGAAGAGCCCUCCGGGACACAGAGACACAGCUGAUACAGGGCAGGCAGGUGUUUCUGCAAAUAUGAUGAAGAAAAAGAAUCCCCAUAAAAAACAUAAGAGCAGUCUAGGUCCAACCACUAAAGUUCUGUCGCAGCCACGACGUAACAUUGUCGGAUGCAGGAUCCAACAUGUGUGGAAAGAAGGAGGAGGACACGUGAUCUGGAAAGGAACUGUGCUCGACCAGGUGCCAGUGAACCCAUCUCUCUAUCUGAUAAAGUAUGAUGGGUUUGACUGUGUUUAUGGUCUGGAGCUCCAUAAAGAUGAGCGGGUUCAGGGACUGGAGGUGCUCCCUGACAGACUGACUAAAUCCCGUCUGACAGACGUCAACCUAGCAGACACCAUGAUAGGUAAAGCAGUGGAGCACAUGUUUGAGACGGAGGAAGGUCCGAAGGAGGAGUGGAGGGGGAUGGUGCUGGCCCGGGCUCCCAUCAUGACCACCUGGUUUUACAUUACGUACGAGAAAGACCCUGUCCUCUAUAUGUACCAGCUGCUGGAUGACUACAAAGAAGGAGACCUCCGCAUUAUGCCUGACUCCAAUGACAGCGUCCCGGCAGAGAGGGAGCCUGGCGAAGUGGUGGACAGUCUGGUGGGUAAACAGGUCGAGUACGCCAAAGAGGACGGGGGCAAACGAACGGGCAUGGUCAUCCACCAGGUGGAGGCUAAGCCUUCCGUCUACUUUAUCAAGUUUGACGACGACUUUCUCAUUUAUGUCUACGACCUGGUCAAAACUUCGUAAGAUUUUGCCGACAUCCUGAGCCCCUCCUUCCAGGACAGAAACAAAAUGCAACACAUGUUGAAACAUCUGAAGCACUUGUUCCUCAGACCGUCAAGGACAAAAAUCAAGACUCAAAAAAAAAUAUCACUACAGAGAAACAGAGGAUAGAUACAUCGGGAACAGUGGGCUUGUUUUUUGGUCCACUAACGUUAAAAGAUGGGGAAAAACUGGUUGGUGAAGGUGAAGACUCAUAAAAGACCUUCUUUGACUGGACUUUUUGCAAUGGGAAAAAAUAAAUACGGUUUUACAAAAGCAAAAACAUUCAGAAGCCCCAGAAUACCUUUCUGAGAACGCCAAACAAGGACAGCACAAGUCAACAAAGUCGUCUGAAAUUCUGUUUUACACUAGAAAAGGUAUUCGAAAAGGACAGUGAGACAGACAAUCUCACAUUCCAAAUAAUGCCCCCUGAAAAUCCUUUCAGGAUUUCUCAAGAUCUCCUUACGCCAAACUCUUUAAAGUCUCUUGAAAAC